CUGCCAGCUAGGCAUUGCAUGUAAUCGGCUCUGGGCGGCGUCGUCGACACUAAGGUCGCCACGAUGACGCGGACGGUGGUGUACAACACGGCGUUGAUUGCUUUGGUUGCGGGUGAGUCGGUCCCUUUCAUUUUCCCUGUGCGACAUGAUGGCCCUGUUUUUUUGGGCAUGGAUAAGGUUUCUUAGCAUCGUUGGGUUGAUUUGCAGUUUUGCUUCGUAGUUCCGUCACUCAUGAGACAGAUCAAUCAUAUGCCAUUCUUCAUCCCAACCGUUAAUGAUUGCAAUGUACAUGAUUUUAUCAGUCACACAGACUAACCCUGGGAUUAGCAACCGCCAUGACCAUCAUUUCCAUCAUCUCCCCGAACUGGGUCUCGUACACGGUCCCCGCCCCUACUGGGGGCACGGUAACUGAUUCCAUCGGCCUGCACCGCCGGUGCACCUCGUCCCCGGGCAACUGGAAAUGCACCCCCUUUCCGGAUGAAGCGCGCUGCGAGGGAGACGGCCGCUCUCUGUGUUCCAUGUGGCGCACCACGGGGUUUCUGAUGAGCUUCGCCACCGUCGCAGAGCUCGCUACCGUUGUGGGGUUCCUCGUCAUCCUGGCGGGCGGCAAGGUCAAGAGGCAUGGCGGUGGCUGGAGGAUUCUGGGAGGAAUGCUGGCGGUUGUGGCGACGGCCGAAUUCGUAGGCAUGGCUGUUGUGGUAAGGUCGCCCUGUUUUCUCACCUCACCCUCUCAUCGUCACCACCGAGACAUGAAGAUGCUGACACGGCAGACAGGCGUAUGUCUUUGAUCACGACGACAUGUUUCUGGUGCCCGGCUAUCGGCUGGGCUCCUCGUGGUAUCUGUGUGCGCUCGGUGCGGGCGUUGCGCUGCUGGUUGGGG